UAAAGAUAUUAGAUAUGAAGUAUUGUUUGUAAUACUAGUAUACCAUAUUCUCAUGCAAUUUCUGACCAGUUCAGCCACUUGGUCUGUUGGAACUCUUUCAGUACUGCUAAAAGUCUCUUCUCCCUCUCCUCAAUCCUCUGACUCUUUGAUCUGCCAGGUCUUACCAUCCUGCAGUUGGAUGCAGGAGAUAGGAUUCAGCUUGGCAAGGUUUACAUAAGGUAUUCAAUAUCACAGGAGUGUUCAAUCACCCGGUCGGCAACGUUAGCGUAAAAACCUACCACACAUUCCAGAGCACCACAUGCCACCGGAGAACGGACUAUUUGUAAAUGAACGGGACGGGUUCAUCAGAUACUGUACGAAUACUUAUUCUUUGACUAGUGAGAAGUAGGGUAGGCUGACUUUACUGUAUAUUCGUGAGACACCAACGUCAACUUCCUACUCGCCGAUCUCGAAAUGAUUCCUCCUCAGCAUACUUAGCUUACCCGUACAUGCUCUAUCUCGAGUCCCAGAGACCUUCGGCCGAAAACCACAACCCAUCUGCUUAAUACCAAGUGCCCCUCCAACGCUAGCUACUCACAAGUUAACUUACUCUAACAUCCCAAUUCAGCUAUAGCACAACAAGAGAAAUAAAACAGCACAAGAUAACAGAGGGGAUGAGAGUGCCUUCAGACAUGAAUUAGAGCUCUCCUUAUAUUUUUGAUCAUCGUCAACCUUUGUCCCGCCGCCCAAGAUCCGCGGAACAGAUCGAGCGCAGCAGAACAGGUUGAUGAAAGUCAUAUUUGGCUUUUGAACAUGUUUGUCAUCAUUAGGCGAUACAACCCGGCUAUUCCGCGCAGUAAAUCCAGCCCCAAUUUCCCCACCCUCCGGCAAGCAAUCAGACGAGGGAUCUCCGGUAGAGCAUUCAAGCCUGUAGGUUAAGAUUAGUGGACCGCAAGGUAAACUCGUCACGUGAAGAGGCACACUCACCGUCUGCUCAGAUUGAAAACUACAUUAACCCCAUCAUCGAUCUAGCACAGACCCCUUUCCCCAUCCCCGAAGAAUCAUCCGCCGAAGCCCCCCCAUCUCUAAGGAGAAUGUCGAGCGAGAGUCGGGAAAAAGAGAGUAAGUACCGUUAAUCUCCGAAGCGCUGUGCAAGCAUUCAUUCAUCACCGCACCCACAUACCCUACCUUCAAAGCCCCACCCCAGCCUACUCAACCUCAAUCCCACUCAAACCAAGAAGGUCGCCGCAGGACAGGUAGAGCAGAGGACGGGAAAAAAGAAAAACGGACCGAAAGGACCACAAUAGAAUAGCCAAAGCCAUAUCCGACCGAACGCCAGGAAACUCUACGAUCUCUGUUCGCUUCACCCAUGUCGUGGAUUUUUGAUCAGGAAACAACCAGCAGGCCCCCCCUCUUAAAAGGGGGGGAGCCCACCAGCUACCCCCUAAACUCCUCAGAGUAGUGCGCUCUCUUUUUAUCAUCACCGAGAAUCCUGGGCCCUGUCUGGGUUAGCAUUGUACAAAGAUACCGGUAUGGCGAUAGGAUUCGUUGACUCACCUGUGUUUGGGGAAGGAAGAGAAGAAAGGAAGUCGGGGAGACGCGUUAAUAAAUAAAUGUACCGUACCCGCAUAGGAAAAGCAAAAUGCCAAGCUCGCUAGGUUCGCAAAUCCCUGCCGCAGCUUUUUGGCACCGCUAUUUCACAGGACCGGGUUUGGGUUGAGCCGCAAUGUUCCCCUCCCUACCAGAGGCCAGACAUAAUUCCACACCUCAGCCUCUCGUCCCACGGCUCUGUUAUUAACUCCUUGAUCCACACUCUCCAGAAAACAUACAAAUUUGCAAGCAUAAUGUCGGAAAUAAUCUCUCGAGAACCGCUCACGAUCCGCGAUGCAAAGUGGGUCAGACUCGUCAAGUAGGGCUAUUCCAGAUCCCCCCCCCCCCCGCCUCCUCAACCUUUAAUUUAAGCUGCGAUAUAACACUACUCACUGCUCAACAGAACCACCUACCUCGAUCCCAACGGCGUCGAGAGGACCUGGGAAUCCAGCGAACGUUGCACUCGUCCGGCAGGCGUCGACUUUGAUGGCGUGGGAAUAAUUGCAAUUCUGGAGAAGCCUGGAGCUCCACCGGAAUUGCUAUUGCAAAAGCAGUACAGGCCCCCCAUCGGAAAGGUGGGAGCUUUACAGCAUUAUUGUAAGUUUGGUAUUUGGAUGUCUUGGGCUGAGUACCAUUUGAAUUGAUAGACUUGCAUUGAGAUUCCCGCUGGCUUGGUCGACGCUGCCGAGUCACCGGAAGAAUGCGCCGCCCGUGAACUGUUUGAGGAGACGGGAUAUCACGGGGUUGUUAUGGCGGCUGAGGAUGCUGAAGAGAAGAGCUGCUUAAUGUUUAAUGAUCCUGGUUGGUGUUUCACGACUCCUCGCUAUUCUGGCCCACCUGCUGACCAGGGAGAAGGAAUGUGCAAUACAAAUCUUCACUUCGUACAUGUCAAGAUUGACCUCACCGAUGAACGCAACCAGAAUCCAAAACAGCAGCUGGAGGAGAACGAGUUCAUUGAGGUGUUUACAGUACCUCUGAAGGAUCUCUACAAAGAGUGCAGGCGGCUGGAGAAAGAAGGCUAUGGAAUUGAUGCCAGGGUUGGAUCUCUAGCUGAAGGAUUUGAGGUUGCAAGGAAGUGGAGGUUCCUUUAA